GCUUCUCUAACAGAGUACCACAAACUGGGUAGCUUAAAACUGCAAAAAUGUGUUCUUUUACAGUUCUGGAGCCUAGAAAUCCUAAGUCAAAAUAUUGACAGGGCCAGCCUCCAUCUAAAGGCUCUAGGGAAGAAUCUUCCUUCCUUUGUCCCAGCUUCUGGGGGCUCCUGGCAGUCCCUGGCAUUUGGCAGUGUAACUGCAGUCUUUCCUUGGUCUUCACAUGGCACAUUUCCCCUUGUGUUUGUUCUGUGUCUCUGUAUGUGUCCAGGUCUUCCUCUCCUUAUAAGGAUACCAGUCAGUGGGUUUAGGACCAACCCCAAGUCAGUGGACUUCAUCCUAACUAACUAUAUCUGCAAAGACCCUAUUGCCACAUAAACUCACAUUGGGAAGUUCUGGGUAGAUAUGAACUUUGUGGGGAUUGGGGGGGGAUCCCUGUUCAGCCCACUAUAGUAAUCAAGGUAAAUAAUAUCGUGAUACAACAUUUAAAAAAAUUGGAACUAAUGCAAAAAUCCAUGAUGAACAAGAUAUCAUUUUUGUAAACAGCAUCUGAUGACUGGAAUUAGGGUAAGGCAAGUGAAACAAGUCGCACAAGUACAGAGCUGGAUGGAUCCUCGCUUUACUUAAAAUUUUAAUAUUUUCAUGGGUUUUUCACACGGAGUUUUAAAAAUAUUGUGCUGCAGUUUAACUUGAUGACUGAGAUUCUGGCACCCUUAUUUCACCCACGGUGAAUGUGUCACUUGUUGCAUCCCUGUCCUGGCCCUCGUUUGUCACAGCAUGAUGCUUGGGAUCCAAAGACAAGCACCCAAGAGAGGGAACCAGGGACAAGCUGUAUUACCUUUUUUAGAUUUUGUGGCUAGCAUGGAAAGUCACAUUGAAGUCCAACACAUUCUGUUCAUUACAAGUGAGUCACUAAUCGGAGGGAAAUUUGAGUCGAUGGAAUGGCAAGGAAUUUGCAGGUAUGUUUUAAAUUUAGCACGCACAUAUGUCUUUUCUGUGGUGUUCUACAUACACUGAUCUUUCACUUAUGAAUGGAUUCCACCCUACUUCUCGUGCUGUUGGUACAAUCUGGGCGUGGUGGCUGUGGGAGACUUAUCCCGAAAUCAGACCAUAGAAAAGUGACAUUGAAAGAGAAGGUCCUAAAUCACCAUUGUGCCACUUUCCUAACACCAAAACCUUCAGUCUCGUGCUGUUUCUUGUCUUAUCAAGUUGAAACUCGUAUGCCUGUUUUUUUUUUUUUUUUAAGUUACUUAUUUGAGAGAACAAGUGAGCAGGGGAGGGGCAGAAAGAGGGGAAGAGAAUCCCAGGCAGGAUCCAAGCUGUCAGCACAGAGCCCAACAUGGGGCUUAAUCGCAUGAACCGCAAGAUCACAGCCUGAGCCAAAACCAAGUGUCAGACGCUAAAUGGACUGAGCCCCUCAGGCGCCCCUACUUUUUUUUAUUUUAAACUAGUAGGCAUGUGUGUCCAUUAUUAUGCUCUUAUCUUGCAAGCUCAGUGAUGCUGGGGCCAAGUUUCUGUAAUCACAUUUCAUCUUUGCCAGUUGCCCCCUGUUAGGGGGCGCUGGAGGGAGACUGGAAGACUGGAUAACAAAUAAGAGAUUGCUCCUUCCUGUUUGUUUAUGGAAUUUUCUAGAGGCUUCCUGUCAAGUUGCAGCUUUCCUAAGAGGCCCACAAACACUUCAGUCUCAGCAGAGGCAGUUCCUUCCCACAGCAGCUCUGUCCAAUUUGCAGCUUUACCAACACUUGGAGAGCCAGCUUUAUUGUAUCUGCCCCUCCCAGAGGCAUUAGUGCCAGCUGGACACUUUUCUUCCUCAGGUUAUAGUAGGACCAUGGAUCUGUUUGGAGACAUAGGUGACAUUUCUUCAGACAGCGAUGGGGACAAUGAAAAUUCCAUUCCAGGGCAGCCUCAUGAAGAACGUGGAGUGCCUCAGGACCAACAGGAGGAAGAGCCGAUUUCUGAAGGCAGAAUAGAAAUAGAAAUCCCCAAUGUCAACUCUGAUUUGGGAAAUGAAUUGUACUUUGUUAAACUACCCAGAUUUCUCAGCAUAGAAUCCAAACCUUUUGAUCCUCAGUAUUAUGAAGACGAAUUUGAAGGUGUGAAAGUGCUUGAUGAGGAAGAUAGAACCAUGUUAAAAUUGAAGGUGGAAAAUACUAUAAGAUGGAGGAAACGCCGGGAUGAGGAAGGAAAUGAAAUUAAAGAAAGCAAUACUCGGAUAGUCAAGUGGUCAGAUGGAAGCCUUUCCCUGCAUCUGGGCAAUGAAGUGUUUGAUGUCUACAAGGCCCCCCUGCAGGGCAAUUACAACCACCUGUUCGUUCGAGAAGACACAGGUCUACAGGGACAAGCCGUCUUCAAAGCCAAGCUCACCUUCAGACCUCACUCUACAGACAGUGUCACACAUAGAAAGAUGACCCUGCUGCUUGCUAAUAGAUGCUCAAGGACGCAGAAGAUUAGAAUCUUACCAAUGGCUGGUUGUGAUCCUGAGUGCCAGCGCACUGAAAUGAUUAAGAAAAAGGAACGUUUGAGGGCUUCUACUCAGCAGACAGUCCAUCUGUGGGAGGGGCAGAACCAGCAGGGGCUGGGUGUCCCCUACCAGGACCCCAAUAGUGUCCAUGAGGAAGAGGAAGGCAUCAAAGCUGUGAAAAACCAUAACCAAGGGGACCUUUGAGGAGGUGAGCCCUCCAGAAAAAGAAGAGCAGAGGUUAAAGAGGAAGAACAUGACUCAAGUAUGAAGUGUGUGCUCAUUGUGUACAGUUGACCCUUGAACACAGAUCUGAACUGCGCUGGUCCAUUUACACACGGUUUUUUGAUAUAAUGUAUUUUCUCUUCCUUGUAGCUUUCUUAAUAGCAUUUUCUUUAGCUUACUUUAUAAUGAGCGUAGUAUAUAAUACAUUAAACAUGCAAGAUAUGUAUUAACUGUUAUCAAUAAGGCUUCUGGUAAAGAGUAGGCUAUUAGUAGUUAAGUUUCUGUGGGUAAAAAGUUGUAUUUGGAUUUUCGACUGUGCAGGGUUUGGGCACCCCUAACCCCAACAUUGUCAGCUGCAUAUUAUUUUCCACAGUUUAUUUUUUUAAUAAUUUUUUUAAUGUUUAUUUUUGGGAGAGACAGAGCAUGAGCAAGGGAGGGGCAGAGAGAGAGGGAGACACAGACUCCGAAGCAGGAAGCAGGCUCCAGGCUCCAAGCUGUCCGCACAGAGCCUAACGGGGAGCUCAAACUCAUGAACCACAAAAUCACAACAAGCUGAGGUCGGACGCUUCACUGAGCCACCUAGGUGCCCCAUCAACAGUUUGUUUUAAAGCAAUGAUUAAAUGACUUGUUUUGAUUGAAAUGAUAAAUCGAGUUGCUUUUGCAUAAUCCUAGUUGUGAAUAAAAAAUGUUCAAAAGCAAGCCUGUGACUUUAGAAGAUCCAUUUUUCCCAAGGAAGAAACUUGUUUUGGUAACUGUUUGCUCUGGGUCUUAGGUUUUUGUGCAUUUCGGCUGCUCUGCCUCACCUCAUCCUCCUGGCUGGGCCCAGAGGUGGGCUUAGGUUCGGGUCAGGUAUCGGAUCUUCCCAUAUGUCCUCCUGUCCUGCCUAGCUGUGUUCAGGCCUCUUCUGUGCUUUGUCAUCUCCACCGGCAUGGCACCACCACUGACCACCUCGCCCUGGAUCUUGGCAGAGCAGGUACAGCAUCGGAUGGCUCAUUGGACACUGGGUGCUUUGCCUAGUGCUGAACUGGUCCUACCAGUUCUAGUCCUCAGAACAACGUGAAAGGUGGGUACUCUUAUUUCCAUUUGGACCUGAAAGGUGGGGUUGAAAGAACUUUGAGACCUCUAUCCAAAGCUUUUUCCUCCCAAGUAAAAAAAUAAGCAUUUUUGAGAGAAGGGUCAUGAGCUUUUAUAUGGAACAAUCACAAGGUUAAGCAGAUACAUUAGUGGCCUUCUGGAGAAAGACACCCAAAAUACCUGAGAUAAACAGUCACCAUAAAAUUUAGAGAAAAGAGCAGUGGGAAACAAAAUACUAGAUUUGACUCCUGGCUUUGUGACUGGCACACCAGCUGGAAUAUAAUGGGUACCUGAUAAGUAUUUACUGAAUGAACAAGCCAAAGGUCUUAUCUUGGGCAAGUUACUUGACUUUCUGAAGUCCGUCUCCUCAACUCAGUGGGAUUUGGACUUGACCAUGUAAAUCCUUCAUGAUUUACAUAGUUUUUAUUUCUCUACCUCCGCAAGUUGAUACUAAUUGGAUGUAUUUUAAAAAACGUAUUAGAGACUCAUUCAGAACACUAAGCACCAGCACGGUUUAAUCCUAAGGCCAGCUACUUCUCGCAAGGGUUGGCCCCGAGGCUCUGCUAAGUCUGCAAACAGGCCCAGGGCUGGGAUCUCUAGGCCCUCAACCCUUGCAGAUAUAAAGGAAAGCUUCACAUUUGAAGGACAAAAGAUGUUUGGUGAUUUUGGACCCACGAGUGGUCGGCCGCCCUCACUAUUUGGUCCCUAAAAGAGCAGAGGCCACUGCGCUAGGCCUAAGGGCACCGUCUCUCCAUGGCCACUCAGACUCACGGGAGCUGAGUCACCUGCCAGGGCAAGUGCCCGAGCCUCCUUACCUGGCCAAGAGGACAGGCAGCAAGACCUCCUGCAGGAGAAAAUGAGCCCAAAGGCCAUUCUCCCAAGGCCAGCCAAUAUUAAAGAUGUAAGGGAACGGUGCUCAUUCGCAAAGGUUCCAGAGCUCUGAAAAUGUUAAUUUGCCACUUACCCCUAAAAGAUUCCUCAAACCCUUUACCACACAUUUCACUGAUUUCCUCUUUUGCUUGGUAGAUUUGGGUGACUGGUAAUUAAGGUCUUUGCUGUAAAAAUAAUUUGUAGUUUAUUAGAAUUGGCUCCCAUCAGGUCCAAAAUGUGAUGUAUCAUAGGACCCUGUUUCUUCACAUUUGUCAACUCAAUUCACUUUUAUGGACAGACCAGACUGAGAACUGAUGGUAUUUCAAGCACAUGAAAUUACUAUUUUUAUGGGUAGAAAUGGUCAAGUAUUGACAGUUUAUGGUUUAAUAGAGUGGGAUAGAAUAACUGGGAAAAUAAUAAGCUUGUUUCUGAAAAGGCAUGUAAGAAAUGAACUUUAGAACAUAGGAACUGAAGGGAUUUUUUUCACACAGUCCAAGUGUAUAGAAUAUUUGAUAAACUUUAUUGAAAUUAUUUCAGUAUGAAGUCUAAGUUCUAAAUGCCUACAGUUUUCAAAAGAA